CACUAGUGGCAUCCAAGGCAAUCUUUUAUUCUAGUUGAAUUGCCCUUCAAAGCCCCAGAGCUCCAGAGCAUCUUGCACCCAGCUCUUGCCAAUCCCACCCACUUGUUGAACCAUGGGUCUCUUAGCCCUUGGAACGGCACUAGAGUGGCCAGAGGCCAAGCUGCGCGCAAAUCAAGUGAGAGAAUGGGGCAUCAAGCAACUCCUAGAGAUAUGGAACAAGGCCAAGGGCAAAGAACGGGAUGCCUUGCUAUGGGGAGAUGAGGUUGAGUAUCUCGUUGUGACGUACGCAGAGGAUGAGCCAAAGGUGCUCCUAUCCCUCCGACAGGCUGAAAUUCUCACGGCUUUGGCGGCAGAUAAAGAGCUUGCAGAGGCCGGUUGUGUUCCUGCGCUUCAAGACGAGCUGCCUGCCGGAAAGCCUACCGGGAAACCAUGCAAACCCUCUAAAACAUUGCCCGUCUUCCACCCAGAGUUUGGCCGCUUCAUGCUUGAGGCCACACCAGGAAAGCCAUGGGGUAUUGGUUUGAAGGAACUCCUUGGCGUUGAGCCUGAUAUGAAGCUUCGGCGAAAGAUUGCCAAGGAGCAUAUGCUAUCCACUGAGUUCCCCAUCACUCUGACGACUUUCCCUCAGAUUGGCGUUCCAGGUCAAUUCACUUACCCGUUUUACCCUCCCUCCGGACCAAAGUUGCGGUCACAGUUUGUGCCUGACGAAAUCGCCAAUCCUCACAUCCGCUUCCCAACAUUGGCCGCUAAUAUUCGCUCCCGAAGGACUCGCAAAGUGCAAGUCAAUGUCCCCAUCUUCCAUGACAAGAAUACCCCAAACCCCUGGAAGGACCCUACCGUCAACUACGACUUGCACAACUGGCCCGAAGACGAUGACGUUCGCAAUGGAGCUGCCCCGGAUAACUUCAUUCACAUGGAUGCAAUGGCUUUUGGAAUGGGAAGUUGCUGUCUUCAGAUUACUUUCCAGGCCAAGAAUAUUGUCGAAGGCCGGGAGAUGUACGAUCAGCUGAGUCCUCUGGGCCCCAUCAUGCUAGCUUUGACCGCGGCAACGCCCAUUUAUAAAGGCUUCUUGGCAGGCACCGAUGUGCGGUGGAACCAAAUCAGUCGCGCAGUCGACUGCAGAACACCAGAGGAGCUCGGUGAAAAGCCCCUAGAGAAUGAUCGCUGGAGGAUUCCCAAGUCUCGAUAUGCCUCCAACUCAACCUACAUCUCAACAAAUCCUCGACUCCGACCAGAGUACUUGGAUCCCGACCUGGUCAUUGAUCCUGAGAUCAAGGCUAAGCUAAUUGAAGGAGGCAUGGAUGAUCGUCUGGCCACUCACUUUGCCCAUCUCUUCAUUCGAGACCCCAUCGUCAUCUUUGAGGAAGAUCUCCAAGAGCUUGACUUGACAAAGACUGACCACUUCGAAAACAUCCAGUCGACUAACUGGCAGCACAUGCGGUUCAAGCCUCCGCCAGCUGACAAUAAUAUUGGAUGGAGAGUCGAAUUCCGGUCAAUGGAGAUUCAGGUGACCGACUUUGAAAACGCGGCUUUCUCUGUCUUCAUGGUUCUGGUUACAAGGGCCAUCCUCUCAUUUGACCUCAACUUCUAUAUCCCCAUCAAAAAGGUGGACGAAAAUAUGGAGCGAGCCCACGGCGUAGAUGCCGUCCUCAAAGACAAGUUUUACUUCCGCAAGAAUCCGUUCCCACCUCGGCCAUCCCGCGCGAAUACGGCCUUUGGCGAUGAUAGCCGGCCUGGCUCCGCGAUGCCCAGUCGACCUGGAUCGCCCGGAACCCUUCCUGUAGAGGAAGAGUACGAAGAGAUGACGAUUAACGAGAUUAUCAACGGUUCGCUCGACGGAGACUUCCCAGGAUUGAUUCCCAUCGUCGAAAGCUACCUUGACAGCGUCAACGUGGAUGUGCAAACCCGGUGUGAACUUGCAACGUAUCUCUCUCUCAUCAGCAAGCGAGCGAGCGGCGAGCUCGAUACUGCCGCACGAUGGAUCCGCAACUUUGUCGAUACUCACCCCAACUACAAGCACGACAGCGUCGUUGAUGAUGCCAUUACCCAUGACCUCAUUGGAUCCGUCGUGGCCAUUGGUGAGAGGGAAAGCACAGGCAAAGGUUUCGCAGGGUUGGAUAUUCCCGGGUUUUCCAAGUUCCUGGGCAAAUUUAGAAGCUCUGGCCGGGCAGUGAGCGGGCAAGAUGCUAGUCCACCUGUUGGGACGCGGAAGCGAAAGAGUGAAUGGAUAGCCGGAACAACAGCAGAGGUUGGAGCAUAAUAUGACAUGAAGGCACGGAGUUUGGAUAUACUGCCUGCUGAGAGCAGGUCGUCUGGCAAUUUAAUCCACGGGAUACCAAGCAUAUAAUUCUUUCUUCUUGUUUUGUCUCAACGUAAAUGACAGAGAUUAUCCAACCAGUUUUAUCGUCAUGAUUUCUUUUCUUCUUAUUAUACAGAUGGACUGAUUUGGGAGGCAUCAGAUCUCUGGCUGCCCAUGAAAAUUACCAGUUGUUCGGUGGAUUGAAUGGACACUCUCUUCUGUUAGAUGUACGGAGCGAAGUAGGAAAGCAGCGAGACGAUGAUUCACUGGCAUUCGGAGCUAUGAUAAUGAAAAUGAGAUGCGGUUGAGUGUGCUCAAAGUUUCGGACUUGGUAACAUCUAGGUCAUUGAUGGCAUGUACAAAGCCAAGCUACUUACUUAUAUACUAUUAUUUCAUAAACUAGCACCCUAUAACUAUCUCUUGAACGAUAUAGGAUUCCCUGU